AGCUUUUAACAGCCUGUUAACAGACAUCAGCUGUGACAUUUGUCGUGCAAUUUUUUUUGUAUUAAUUUUUAUUAUAAAUCAAUUGAAUUCAAUGGAAGCGACACCGCCAACGCCCUCACAGAUGUUGGCCUACCUGGAGGAAUUCCGGCGCACCGGUGCCGCCUCCGACCAGCUGCCCAACGACAUCUAUCGCAACUUUUUCGCCGAAAUUCUGGCCAAGAAAACAUUAACAUCUGCCGCUAGUAAUUCCCUCCUUGAAAGUUUCGAUGCGGUGGCCAGUAAUCAAGAGGUGCCACCAUCACCCACGGAUGAAGAUGUCUGGAUCUUUGGCUACGGAUCGCUGGUGUGGAAGGCGGACUUUCCCUACAUCGACCGGCGGCGGGGAUUCGUUUGGGGCUUCAAGCGACGCUUCUAUCAGCACAGCAUCGAUCACCGAGGGAUUCCGGAGCGACCGGGGCGAGUGGUGACCCUCCUGCCGGGUGAUCCCAGUCAGGAUCGGGUCUAUGGCGUGGCCUAUCGCAUUGCAGCAAGCCAAAAGGGUGCCGUUUUGGAUCAUCUGGACUACAGGGAGAAGAACGGCUACGAACGGUGCAGUCUGCACUUCCACGAAUACCCAAAGACUUCGUCGGCGGACGGGGAGCCCAUUCAGGUGAUCAUGUACGUGGCCACGCAGGCCAAUGAUUCGUAUGCCGGUGAUGUGUGGCAGGUGCCGUGCAUCGCCAGGCAGAUCUUCAGUUCCGCCGGACCCAGUGGCCCCAAUCGUGAAUAUCUCUUCAAUCUGGCCACCGCCAUGGAGAAGCUAUUCCCCGGCGCUGUGGACGAUCACCUGGGCGAGUUGGUGGCCAGCGUACGUCGCUUCAUAGAUGAGGAUGAGCCGCAUCUCCUUGAAGGCGCCUUGCUGCAGGAGAUCUCUGUGGCGCUACAAGAAGGAGAACCAUCCCACCAGGAUCAGGCUGAGAGAUUGCAGAAGCUAUUGGAGCGUUCCCAGCAGCCGGGCGGACGAGAGUGGCUGCUCCACGGGCAGUUGAUGCGAAAGAACGAGGCGUGACAUCGCUUCCUCCUAGACAAUUACUAUUUAUUUUUGUAAAUACCGAAGAUUGUAGAAGAACAAUGACGUGUUGCAUAGAAUUCCAGCGAAACAGAGAGUAUUUUCGUUCCAUAUAUGUAUUUUUUGUGACUCAGAAGGACGAGCAACAAUGUGCGAUAGUCUAAUUUAAACGUGAAAUAAAUAAUUGUAUUUAAAUUUCUAUUUUUUAUAUAUUUUUUAUUUAUAUUAUGUUUAAAACCACAUUUAUUUUUGUUUCUACAGCUUCUAAAUUUAUUAUAUAAUUUAUAAUAAACUCUUGAGCGGAAGAUUCGUGUAAAUCUGCUUUUGAUAAGUUAAAAAAAAAAAGAUUUAUUAUUUACGAUUGUCGAAGCUUUUUUUCAAACUGAUAACAGUUGGCGCUUGUCGCUGUUACUAACAGCUUUUAACAGCUUUAACGUUAACCAACACUGGUCAAUUCAUCGAAUGGCAACCGAAAAAAAAAACUGUUAUGUUCGACUUAUCGAGUCUGGAAUCGAUUUUAUUUCCAGCUCUAGCAUUUUUUGCAUUUUAUUGCUAGUUUUUUCGGUUUUUUUUUAAGCCCCGAUCACAGGGCAGUGCAGAGUGCAGUCGCAGGAGUCAAAUUAAGGAAAGCCAAUCGGGCGCGACAAGUGUCAAGACACGGAAGCGACGGUGGAGGAGUGUAGCAGCGGAAUUAAAACGCCAUGAAACAGCUAUUAAUUCGACUAUUGUUAACCUAGUUUCAAUUCCCAAAAACAAAAUCAAAAUCAAAAACCAACAAGGACGAGCUCAGAGCAGCGCUGGCUUCUCUUCUCUUCACUUCGAUUAACCCACAAAAAUCUACAAUUCUUCAAAGAAAAUUAAAAAAAAAAAAUUAUUAAUAAAAAAGAAAGAAAACUACGCCAAGGACUCGACGCGGAAGGAAGAAAACAAAAAAAACUACAAUUUCUCCACUCCAUUUUUCGGUUCUCCUCGGAGCAGGAUCAUCCCCCCAC